CUCUUAUUCUGUGGCUGCCCCAUCGUUCUGCCUCAUCCAACCCAAACGCUUCCUCCCACGCCGCCGAGAUGCCCAUCGCAGUAGAGGAUGUCAUGAGGCUGCUGGGCUCCAUAUCACAGGAGGAGAAAAUGAAAGCAGCCGUCAAACACUCAGGGAAGGGGGCUAUAGUCACUGGUGCCGUGACCUUCAUUGGUGGCUUGUUUGGUGGCCCACCGGGCCUAGCUGUCGGGGCUGCUGUCGGGGGGCUGUUUGGGGCCUGGAUGACUAGUGGACAGUUUCAGUCUGUCCCUCAGAUCCUCAUGGAGCUGCCGCCCGCUAAGCAGGAGAAGCUGUACAAUGAGUUCAUGGCCAUUGUGAAGGACCUGGAUUGGACAGAUGCUGUGACGCUGACCGGACUGGUCAUGGGCAGUGUGGCCCUGAAGCAACAGCUGGCCACCAUGCUAGUGCACUUUGUCACCAACGAGCUCGGGGCCGAGGUUUCCUUCGAGGCCCUCGAAGACACUCAUCACAGUGGAAGACACCAUGAGGCUGCUGAGCUCCAAAUCAGGGGAGGAGAAAAUAAGGCUGCGCAGGUUCCCGCUCUUGAUCGGCCCAUAGCUUCCGGUAGCCGUGGCCAGGAUCGCAGCACCCUCAGGACUGACCAUCAGCAGCGUCCUUGGGGAGCUCUCAGGGGCUGGGAUGACCAAGAAGAAGACGCAGCUGAUGCCUCGAGUGCAGAAGAAGACAUGCUCGUAUAUGUGGGAGCUGGUCAGCAGGGUGCAGAUGAUUCCCUGUAACCUGGGUUCCCGUUAGGUGAGGAGCUGCCCAAGGUCCCCAGUAGCCACCAGAGACGUCCCCGGCAGUUGGUGGACGUGCUGGGGGACCUCUUCCACAGGGAGCCCAAGGGAAGGGCACAAGUAGCCCCUCGGCACCAGGGUCCCCAGGAGCGGCGGGGGCUGGGGUGCCCACAGACCCAGGUGUCACCUUAAACCCGCCACACCCACCCUUUCCCCCUCGCAGCACAUGCAAGCAAACCACUGCAAUUCUGAGUCACACCAGAAAAUGAAUUGCACUUUCGGCUGAUCUGAUGAGCAAAAUUGGUAUAAUUUUGAUUCAU